CUGUCAGGAGAGUUUCAGGGCUCCUCCCAAAGUCGAGGACGGUGUCAGGAUUCCCGCUUCUUCGGCUCUGCUCGUUCCCUAGCUCUCGGAGGCGACUCGGUGAGUGCCGGCCAGCAGCGCUCACCGAGGCUUGGGCUGGCGCGGGUGCGUCCCCAGGGACCAUGCGCCAACGGGCCCCGUGCAGGGGGCGGUGGGCUUUGAGGGAAGGGGGAUGACGGCAGGAAACGGAACAGGCCGCGGCCGCAACAUCCACGCCCCCGGGGAGAUUCGCGUCUCAGUCAGUGUUGGGACCGACUUGGGCCUCAGUUUCCCCCCUGGUAAAAGGAAGGGAUGCUGUUCUUUAGUCGGGUCCUGACAGCGCUCCUUCCUUUGAGUCCGAGGCCAGCUGAGGGCUCUGGGCAGGCCGCUUCCCCCUCUCAGGGCCACGCGAGGAUUAGAAAACGGAAGCGGGGCGGAAGAGCCCCCGAACCAGCCAGCCUCCGCCGGCUCCUGCCGGCUCUCAGCCCAUGAACCUUCGUCGCCGCCCAGUCUCUCGCUGCCGGUCACGCCCCCUGAAGCGUGCCGCCCCCUGCCGUCCGCAACUUCCCCGGAAGUCGGGUUUUCAAAUGGACCUUGUUAUAGCGUCUCCCGUCCGCGGCAACGGCAGCGGGAAGAGGGAGGAGGUGGGACUUCCCGUCUCGUGUACAAGUAGCUUCCGGCGCGAGCCGGAAGACCCGGUCCUGAAAGGAAUCAGGGGCUGCCGGUGGGCCCCCCCCCCGCCCCACCUCCCCCGGACGGGCAGCUCAGACCCAGUGAGAAUUCCAGCCAUGGAACCACCUGAUACCACCCUCAUUGAAGGCGUGGGCAAUGAGGUGACAGUGGUGGUGGGUGUGGUGGUGCUGGUGCUGGCCCUCGUACUGGCCUGGCUCUCCACCUACGUGGCAGAUGCUGGCAGUAGUCAGCUCCUGGGCACCAUUGUGGCGGCUGGUGACACCUCUGUGCUCCGUCUUGGUCAUGUGGAACACCUGGUCGGAGGGCCGGGCACCUCGGAACCAGCUGAGCCCGCCCAUCUGGAAGAGGGUACUGAGGAGAAAGCUGAGGAGGAAGGGGGGGGGGGCUCAGCAGGUGAGCCUGGUGCUGGGGGCGGGGUUGAGCCAGGCCUCGACCACCUGCUUGACAUACAGGGGCUACCUACUCGGGCUGCUAGUGGUGAGGGCAGCAGACCAGAAGCUUCCCUGAGGUCUGAGGGUAGCACCCACCUUCUCCCUAACACUGACCUCAUCAACGUUCGGCUCAAAUUUCUCAAUGACACAGAGGAGCUGGCUGUGGCCAGGCCUGAGGACACCGUGGGCACCCUGAAGAGCAAAUACUUUCCUGGGCAGGAGAGUCAGAUGAAACUGAUUUACCAAGGCCGCUUGCUGCAGGAUCCAGCUCGAACCCUGCGCUCCCUAAACAUCACUGACAACUGUGUAAUCCAUUGUCAUCGCUCACCCCCAGGGCCAGCAACCUCUGGCCCCUCCACACUGCCCACCUCUCCCACCACAGAGCCGCCGGGGCUCAGCGUCAAUGUGGGCAGCCUCAUGGUGCCUGUAUUUGUGGUGCUGCUGGGUGUAGUCUGGUACUUCCGUAUCAACUAUCGACAGUUCUUCACAGCACCUGCCACUGUUUCUUUGGUAGGAGUCACUGUCUUCUUCAGCUUCCUCGUUUUUGGGAUGUAUGGACGAUAAAGACACCGUGGGGGCGGGAAGAAUAUCAGUCUUCCUUCCCCUUCCUGUUUCCCUGCCCAGAGUUGGGUGCCAAGGAACUCAGGGCCAGUGGUGGUUAGUUAAAGGGAUGUGGGCCCUCCAUGGGAGGUAGGCACAUGGCCUCUUCCAUGCCCUCAACUCUACCCCCAAGCAGGGUGACCAUGCCCCUUCCCCUGCCCAUUAACAACUCUCAGGUAGAAAUGAGGACUCUUUUCCCCCUUCCCCCAGAUACACAUUCCCUGAUUGCCAGUGUGAUUGCCCUCCCCUUGGGUGGGCUCUGUGCUGAUGGUCUCACUUGGCAGAGAUACAGGCUCUUAGGUGACCUUAGAAUAUAGAGGGGGGCCCCUUGCCAGCUACCCCCAUCUCAUUUGUGUGCCACCAACUCUUCACACACUGGAGCCUCUAGCCUGUCCAGCUUCCUGCAUGGCAGCUCUCUAUAUUGGGCAGCCAGCUAGGGGAGCACAGCAGUAUCCACAGCAUGCUUCUGCCAGGGGCAAAUAAGGCCCCUCUACUUAGUCAUCAGCCAAAUUAAGCCUCUUGUUUCUAUGGACAAGUCAAUGGUUACUUUAUAAGAUGACCAAAUCUAGUCUGUUUCAAGAAAAGAGGGUGAAAAGGGGGUGGGCAGAGCCAAGGUAUCUCCCUGAACCAGGUCGUCUUCUCAAUCCCUUGGCCCCUGAGUAGUGAUAGUAGGAUGGUUCUCAUGUUCUGGAAUUUCCAAGGUUCUCCCCUUUUCUAGAGCACUUUGCUUGCCUUUUUUUUUUUUUUUUUUUUAAACAAAACCCUUUACAGUUGAGACAGAACUCUGGGAGUCAGAAGUGAGACCCUAGGAUCAAGAAGUACAGGAAUAGGGAUAGGGAUAGGACUGCUACUGCCUCAAAUCCAAGGCCAGGACACCAUGAAGAAAUGUCUGCACUAUCAUGCCCUCUAUGAUUAAAAAAAACUUUGCCCUUGUGGCAUGGAGACUUAUGCCCCUGUGGCUCCUGACUUGAUGGCCACUGCCUGUGAUUGAAUAAAGUUUUACUUUUGUGGCCAGUCCUGGUCACU